GCGUGGCCGGCGGCGGCGGCGGCGGCGGCGGCGGCGGGUUUUGCCGCCGCCGCCGGUGCCCUUGGUCUUAACCCCUUGACCCCCGCAGAGCUCCAUCCGAGCCCCGCAAGCGAAGAGGAAUGGGCUGCAAGGAGAGUAAACUGGGCUGCUGUGAAGCCAGAAGAAAGAAAGAAAUAAAAACUCAGUGUAACAGCGGACAACUUUCCUGUGAACUGAUAGCACUGAAGACUGAAGCCAACGUAGACUAUUUGCACAAUGAAGCGGAAAAAAGGAAGGCUGCACUGCUGGAGAAGCAGAUGGAUGAGACCACAAGACUCCAGCAACAACAGCAGGAAAAGGAAGAUUGUCUGAAGGAAGUUCACCAUGCUGAGACUCACAGACUUAGCCAGGACAUUAAACUCCAGGUAGAGAAGGAGGAUUUACAGUGUAAACAAUUCUCUGAAAAAUAUGAUAUAUUGAAGAGAGAACAGGAGGAAACACUUCAAAAACUCCAGAAAGCACAUGAUCAAGAGAAGCUGUUCUUAACCGAAUCCUAUCAAAAAUCUCAGGCAUCUUUGCAGGAGACCAUUGACAAACUGAGUUCCCAGCUGAAGGCCUUUCAGGAGAAAAUGAAGCGGGUAGAAGAGUCAAUCCUGAGCAGAGAUUAUAAAAAGCACAUUCAGGAUUAUGGGACCCCCAGCCAGUUCUGGGAACAAGAACUAGAGAGUCUGCAUUUUGUCAUUGAGAUGAAGAACGAACGCAUCCACAGCUUGGACAAGAAGCUGUUGAACCUGGAAAUAAUGAUGGAGUCAAACUUGUUGCUUGAAGAGAAAAUUAAAAUUCUACAACAGGAGAAUGAAGAUCUCCAAGUACGGAUGCAGAAUCACAUGACAGUGACAAGGCAACUGUCUGAUGAGCUUCUGACCAUUCGUGAGGCACUGGAGAAGGAGACACAGCUGAGGGAGCAAGCUCGCCGAGAGAAAGAGGAGCUCUUGUACAGGGUCCUUCACGGCGAUUCGGGUCAUCCCUUUGCUAUCUCUGCUGAGACAUCACUCAUUGUUACAUAGCACAUUGAGAGGCCAAAGACUCUGGUUUGGUACAAAAACAGAAAGGGAGGGAAGGAGACCAUGAUAUGACUGUUUCAUCAUUUCAUUCCAGUCCAGGGGUGUUCAAUUUUUUUUUUUUUUAAUCCCAUGGACUAAGGUGGCCUUCAAGGGACAUGCCACAGGUCACACUCCUCCCCAACAAAUGAGGGCCAACUUAAGGAAAUGCAAGUAGAGAUGACAUUCACAUUAAAUGAAUUAAAUAAUAACUCCCUGAUUAUUUAAUAAUUUCUCAUUUCUGCCACAUUAAUCAUCACAAUGUAUUGGCUGUCUCUGGAGGGGAUCACACCUAAGGGUGGCAGGGUGGACUUAGGUCCAGGUUGUGCACCUCUGUGCUGGUCCUGGAGUUACUCUACACUACGGUCUUAGGACAAUUCUUGCUUGGAAUUUCUUCUACAGAUGCCUUUGUUCUUUGAAACCCUGAAGAAUGGGACUUUUCCAUCUUCCUCUCAGUGGCCAGUUUCAGUGCUAGUCAGGGAGUUCAAUCUUCUAAUAUUUUGUGGUAUACAAUGGUCAGGUCAGGUCUUGCUCUUGUCCUUCCCCCAAGAAGUAGCAGAGUUAACUACCUCAUAUAAUAGACCAUGUGAGGGGGUAAAAAGAAAUGAGAGAAAAAGGAGUAGGAGCUACAAAUAAAUUGCACUGUCUCAGCUCUUCACAUUCACACACCUGUGAGAUACUAGAGUAGGUAAAGUAAAAGAUCCAUUCUUGUUUAAUUUCAACUGAUGGAACUAGAGCCAAACCUAAAUUCUAAAGCAGUUGGACCUUAAGCCAAUGCUUUAUAGAAGUUGAACUUAUUUGUAACUAAGUUUCUUUCCCCUUUGCCUCUUUGCUCUGCUAUGUCCCCAUGAUGUUUCUUUCAUCUUGUCUCCAGCCCAUGGGUGACACAAGCUUAAGUCAUCUUUAGCUGUGCUGGGAUUAAGGUAGUAUUAUCACUUUAUUCCAAUUUGGUCAAGGGUGACCUUUCUCACCUUUUAUCUUGGAAUAAAUUCAGGUAACUAUAUGACUAGUGACUUAAAACUGGGACAAUCGUAGGGCUGUCACCAUAGAUUUAGGAUAGGAAUUGCCAGUGGGGCAACAAUUUUAUAAUUUUCUACUGAUUUAAGGAUGGGUGGAUAGCACUUAACUCAGUAGUGGAGAAAGACCUUAAGGCAAGCUUUUGAUGGGACUGCUUAUCCUUGAUCACCUCUCAUGAGGCUAAGAAAAGGUUUAAAAAAUUACUCAGUUAUGUGAGCCUGAUUGUUUUGGGUCUCCCCAUUUCCUUUGUUGUUAGAAUUAUGGUCAGUCCCUCCCCACAUCCUCUAAUCAUCUGAAUUUCUAGAUCAAAUAAGUGGCUCUCACAGAUUUGGGAGACAAUGGAAAAAGCACACAUUUUAAUUCAUUUGCUUCCAGAAUUUUUUUUUUUUUAAAAGCUCUUUUGCCUUCUUUGACAGGCUCUCUCUUUGCUGGUUCAGAAUUUUGAGAAUGGUAUAUUAGAAAGGUUCUCCAAAAUCAAGCACUCAGAGAUCCAAAUUCUUAUUAUAUGUAACUGUCUUGUAAAGCUGAUAAAUGACAAUGCCCUCUACUGGCUGUAGGGUGGUGCUACAAGUUACACAAAGAAAUGAUUGUCAAAUUGUAAGAACUACUAUAGAGGUAUAAUGAUUUGAAUUCAAACAAAUUGGAUGUAAAAUGUAUUGUUCUAAUUAAGAGAUUAAAUUGGUGUUUAUUGUGGUUCUAGUGCAAUGUAGACACUGAAUGCAGUGAAUAAAUAUUGGUUCUUAGAA